GGCAGAUUGCAGCCAACAUUGCGAGAUGCCAGACCACUGUGCAGCAUAUUCCUGCUCAAAUCGGCGGACCAUCGCAAAUAGGGCUCGAGGGAUUACUUUUCACAAGUUUCCCAAGGACAAAGAUGUGAGGAAGAAGUGGGAAGUGGCUUUGAGGAGAGAAAGGUUCACUGCAAGUGAUUCAUCAGUGCUUUGCUGUCAACAUUUUAAGCAGGGCGAUUUUGAUAGGACGGGUCAGAUUGUCCGACUCCGAGAUGGUGUUAUUCCAUCCGUCUUCAGCUUCUCAGUUCACCUCCAAAGAUUGGAAAAGGGCAGGGCUACGUCUACCUCCAGAAGAGCUGAAGAAAGCCUGUCCGUGGCCUAUCAGGAGUCCCAAGAAACGGCAACCUCACCCCCACAACCUCAGCCUAAUGAUGAUCAUGGCUAUGCCUUGCCUGCUUCUCCUACCGCUCUUAAAACCAGACUCAAUGAAGCCUUGGCAAGACUGGAAAGUCUGGAGCGAGAGAAGAAGAAUGCCAUGGCCAGAGAAAAGAGGGCAAAGACCACAGUGACGAGUCUUUUGGGGGAUUUGAGGGAAAAUAACCUCACCCCUCCGAUCUUCAGAUAGACCCAUGGCAAAGCAGGGCCAUAGGUACACAAAGGACUACAGAGAGUUUGCGCUCACGCUCCAUCUCCAUGGUCCAAAGGCAUACAAAUACCUCAGAGAGACUCGACAUUUUCCCCUCCCACAUCCAUCCACAUACGUUACAACGGUGGAUGCCAAGCCUGGCCUGAACAAGAUGAUGCUGGAUGUGCUGGAGAGAAGAUGCCAGGGAGACCAGGCUAAAUAUAGAUGGGUUUCACUCAUGUUGGAUGCCAUGUCCAUCAGAAAACAUGUGCAAUAUAAUCCACAUACCCAGUCAAUGUCUGGUUUUGUAGGCAUGGGUGAUGGACCAGUGAGACUGAUGUUGCUACCGAGGCUCUUGUGUUCAUGGUGGUUGGCCUACAAGGACAUUGGAAGGCUCCCAUUGCUUACUUCCUGACCCAAGUCUCUCUCUCUCCAGAGACACAAAGGGUCCUUCUCAGUCAUGCUUUGGAGGAGCUGCAUGCAUGGGGCAUUCGGGUGGUAUGUGUAACAAUGGAUGGGCAUGCCUCUAAUGUUGGCACGUGCAACCAACUUGGGUGUGAGCUGAAGGGAGACCCACGAGAGCCGCUUCAAACCAGUUUCUCGCAUCCGGUGACUGGCGAGAAAGUAUUUGUAAUGAUGGACGCUUGCCACAUGCUCAAGUUGGCACGUACUAUGUCGCAGGUAAAUGAUGAUGUCCGGGAGGAGAUUGGAACGGAGGAUGUUGUUCUGCUUGGGGAACACAUUGAGGAGACACAGUUUGGCAUCGACAACCAUCAUUCUGACAUGUUGAAAAAAACUACCUCUGUCCCCGUUUUGUUUUUGAAGACACAAAAUGAGGUUUUUAAAAUCAUAUUGAUAGUCAAACUGGAAAUGUCCCUGUUUUUUCCCCCUUUUGGGGAUUAUGUUCUCAGUUUUGAUCUCGGACGUCUGGUCACUUUAUAUCAAAUGUCAGAAUAUUCUAUUACUGUUAAGCCCACUAUGAAUAUUAAAAUAUGGUGGUGUCAGGUGGCUGAGCGGUGAGGGAAUUGGGCUAGUAAUCCGAAGGUUGCCAGUUCGAUUCCCGGUCAUGCCAACUGACGUUGUGUCCUUGGGCAAGGCACUUCACCC